GUAUACUCUACUUCAAAACUUUCGAGGAUCCUCUAACAUCGAACCUCCUCCUAGCACUAAGAUCUGAACUGAUGUUUCUCACAAACCCCUAGUCCUCGGAGUUGUCCGCCAGAUCACCUGCUGAUGAGCUGAUCCGGUGACCCUGUAAUCUCGUGUCCCCUAAAGGAAAGAUAAACCACGCAACUUCAUCUUUAACGCCUGAAAUCGCCAUCAUGAACUGGACCGAGGGUGCCCUCUAUCGACACAAACGCGGCCGGCUGAGGAAAGUAAAUCCGGACCGUCAACGCCAGAAGGAGUACUUCGCUCGUGCCCGUGCCCGCAACGCGGAGCAAAAGGCUGCAGUAGAGAACGGCCCGCCUCCGAUCUCGUAUCUUCAAAACAGCUCCCCUUUGUCUCGGCGCUCCCAGACCUCAAAUAGGUCUGCGUCUUCUGCCGGCCGCCAUGCCUCCCGACCACCAAGCCGACGGACUGCCGAGCCGGACAGGAAGUGGUGCAAGGUCACAGCCAGCACUCCUCACGACACCCCGCUGCCAACCAUCAGCCGCUUUCUGCAGGAAUAUUCCGGCGCCGUAGAGUCCGCUGCCUCACCUAUUCAAUAUGACGAGGAGGCACUGGAGCGAAUGAGGCAGAAGCUGCUCGCGAAGAAGGACUAGGGAACCAUUCGCCAGCCUCUACCAAGUUCUCCCAGGAAGCGCUCAGCUACUAGAUCGCAUAUUCAGAGCCCAACUGCAAGUCCGCAAGGGAUCAGGAAAAGGCGGUCUCAUCUACUCAACGACAGACACCAGGCCCUGAGACGUGAGAAGCAACACACAUAUUUCCUGGACCGUCAUGACGUGACGGUUCGAAUUGGGAGCCAGGAGAAGCGCCCGGGAGAAAGCUCCAGCGUGACGAGGUCGCGAGCCACCAUUUCGGUCCGCAAUUCGCCGCAGCGAGAACCCGGAAGGCUAGUCAGGCAACCGGUGUCAGGAACCACAAAUGGCACGAUUUCCACAACUCCCGUUGCGUCGACUCUUG